AUCGAUUUCCAUUUUGAAUGUUCAAAAAACCGGAAAAAAAAAAAACCCCUCCCUCUCUCUCUCUCUCUCUCUCUCCCCCCCCCCCCCCCCCCCCUCUCUCUCUCUCUCUCUCCGAUCGGGGGCCGUCAUUAAUGUCACUCUACUCUCUCUCUCUCUCUCUCUCUCUCUCUCUCUCUCUCUUCGUGGAUUUCCUCCCUCUCUCAAGACUCUCACAGUGUACCUGCAUUUCCUGCGUCCGAAUUAAUUUCACUUGACUUAUUUUGGAGCUCUAAAGAUUUUGAAGAUCUGUGGUCGGAUUCUGUUUCAGCGGACAGUUCCUCGUUUGAAUUCAGCUGAAAUCUAGGGCUUCAUCCUCUCCCCAUCCACAAUUCAAGCCUCUCUCGUUGCUCUUUCUCUACCUCUUUGGAAAUUCCUUCUCUCUCUUUUUUUCCAUAGCUGUUCCUGCUUUCUGUUGCUCCAGUCCAGAUGGAGAGAGUUCGGCCGAAGAAAUCGCACGUUCCUAUACCCUCCGAAGGAAACACGCAGAUUCCUAGACAAAGAAAACUCUCAAAGUUGGCAUCAGACUCUAGUUCUUACAGCAGCGGUACCAUAGAGGAAGAUUUGGUCACCUAUGAGUUAGGGAGGAGCUCUAGCAGUCGAGUUACUGGAACACCAAUAAAGAAGUUAUUAGCAGAAGAAAUGUCAAAAGAAACUGAAUCCAAGAGACGUUCACCAAGUGUCAUUGCCAGAUUGAUGGGUCUUGACGGGCUGCCAACUCAGCAGCCUCCUCAUCGACAACACAAGGGGUUCGCUGAAACUCAUCAAAAGAGGACUACGUUUGUAGCAUCUCAACAAGAUUAUGAACACCGAUCAAGUAGGAAAAACUCAAUGGAGCAGGACAAAUUUAAGGAUGUGUACGAGGUUCCAGAAACACCAAAAGCGGAGAGAAGUGGUUACCCAGCAAGAAGGAUUGUAAACUCGAAGUUUUCUGAGGCAGAGAUGGCAUUUGUUCGACAGAAGUUGGUGGAUGUGAAAUGUCUUUCCACAGAUGAGAAGCUUCGUAAUUCAAAAGGGAUUUGUGACCCCCUUGACCGGCUGGACAGAAAUAAGGACCUGUUGAUGAAAUUUCUUAAGCAGCCAGAUUCCUUAUUUGCCAAACAUCUUAUUGACCUGCAAGUUGAUGCUCCCAACAUGCAAUGUAGUCGUAUAGCAAUUAUAAAGCCGUCAAAUUCACAUAAACAUGAAAGUAGUACCAUUGUUUGGAAGUCGGACAACAGUACUUUAGGACUUGAUGCUCUACCAUAUCAAAAACAUCACGAGGUGUCAUGCCGGAAACAUCAUGAUGGUACCCAUUAUAGUCAUCAUGGUGUUCAAGAAACUCUGCAGUCAUCAAGAAUUCAAUUUGAUGAGAAGAAUGAGAGUGACAUCCUCCCAAUAAGGAUUGUUGUUCUGAAGCCGAAUCUUGAGAAGGUGCAGAAUGCUACUAAAUCAACUUCAUCACCUUGUUCUUCACAUGGUAAUUUGUCAGAAUGCAUGAAGAACAUGGAAUAUGAAAAGAAGAUCAUUGGUAAGAGAAACUUAUCUAAUGAUGUGGGUAUGUUCAGGCCUAAAUCUAGAGAAUCCAGAGAAAGAGCAAAGGAGAUUUCUAGGAGAAUGAGAGAGAGUUAUAGUGGGGAGCUGAUAGAUUUGUCCUCUAAAGUCAAGGGAUACUCUGGGGAUGAGAGCUCAUAUUGUGCGUCUGGAAGUGAUUCUGGAAGUGAAUCGGAGGUGACAGUGCAAACUUUCAGAAAGUCAUUUCACUGGAGUAACCGGCAGAAGCCUUCACCAUCGCACUCAAUUGAGUCAUCUCUAAGUAAGGAGGCGAAGAAGAGGCUCUCAGAGAGGUGGAAGAUGUCCAGGAGGUAUCAAGAUGUUGGAGUAGUUGGCAAGGGUGGCACGCUAGGUGAAAUGCUUGCUAUUCCUGAUUUGGAUAUGUGGCCAGAGAAUUUAGAUAGAAUGACGUGUUUGGAUGGGUCCAGUGACAGAUUUGGUAGCACUGACAGAGUCGAAGAGUGGGAUAGUCCUUUGGGUAUUAGUAGUGGGGAUGGUUGGAAGAAGGAAUGCAAAAAAAUUCCAUCCAGCUCAAGAUCUGUUCCUGCUCUAUCUGUUCGCUCUGUUGGUCCUAAAUCAAGCACACGUUGUGCAGCUCUUGAUCAGGAGCGAUAUUUGAGGUCAGGAGAAGCCAGGAAACAGAGUAGAAAUAAGGUAAUAGAUGGAAAUUCCAGUGCAAAAAAUGUUUCUUCAACCAGAAACCAAAGAUAUGGCAAGAAGUCGCACUCCUCCCGACACAACUCUAGUGAUAGUGUUGACUCUUUGGAGGAGAUGCAGUUUAACCAAUCUCAGAUGGAAACUAACCUGGGAAAGAAGGAUCCAUCUGAACAAAAGCCGCUGGUUACUGAGAUGCCAGCUGAUAAUGUGACUGGUAGAUGUUCGAUUUCUAAAGCUGAGGCGGAUGCUGGACAUAAGGAUAUGACCAUGUCAUCUGAAUCUCCUGAUGAGUUGUCCCCAAAGCCUUCAGCUUGUUCAUUAGAAUAUAACCAUCCUGCAACUCCUGGUCCCGAUGACUCUGAAGCACAGGUACCUCAAAUUGGACCAUUUGCUGAAGAUUCGGUUCCACUGCAGUGUCCUUUACCUGAACCACAAUCUCCAGAGAGCUCAAAGGAUGCCGAUCAUCAGAGCCCAGUUUCAGUUUUGGAAGCCCCAUUUACAGAAGACAUAUCGUCUGGUUCCGAAUGCUUUGAGAGAGUCAGUGCUGACCUUCAAGAGCUUCGAAUGCAGCUCAAGCUUCUUAAGAUGGAGUCUGGAUCGUAUGCAGACGUUGAGACAUGCAUGAUUGAAAAAGAUGUGUGCCCAGUAUUUGCUGCAGUGUCCCAAGAGAACAGAAUAUGUAAUGACGAGAGCUUGGAGUCUUCCUAUCUUGUUGAUGUGCUUAUUUACUCUCAACUUGAUGAUGUUGACCCUGAUACAUUCACGUCAAAAUGGCACUAUGAGGAUUGCCCUCUGGGUCCCACUUUAUUCGAUAACCUCGAGCAGAAGUAUAGGGAUCAGACAACAUGGUCAAGGUCUGACAGGAAGCUGUUGUUUGACCGCAUCAGUUCCGGGCUUGUUGAGAUCUCAAAGUGGUUUGUGGCCCCACACCCGUGGGUGAAGUUGGCGUUGACGAGGAAGAUCGGAUCUGUGUGGGGGAAAGGUGGGGUCAAGCGCGAGCUGCAUGGGUGGCUAGCUAGUGAAGAGGAGAGAGCUAAUGAGCAGGUGACGGAGAGGGUGCUGGAUAGGCAGAUGGAGUGGAUAGAUUCCGGGGACAAUGUUGAGGAGAUAGGUUGGGAAAUUGAGAAGAAUUUGAUAGAUGAGCUAAUAUCGGAGGUUGCGUAUGUGUAGAAUGUAGGGCAUAACUCCAUUUUAGGAAAAUGGAAUGGUAGUUGUAGGAGAUGAUGAAUAAAGGAUCACCAUGUAGAGGAAUGAAUGCCUGAUGAACACCAUACAUUGGUACUGCUUCUUUUACUAAAGCAUUUUUAAUAGAAAAUCUGGUUAGAGUA